GCGACGAGUAAUUCUUGGCCACGACUAAAGAAAAUAUAAUCUGCUUCGAUUGAAAGCUCGCCCCCGUUAAUGGCGGCUCUUGUUUCUCUGUUUUCUCUGUUUCCAUCUCUCAGUUAGUCAAACGAUCAUCACCCCAAUUGCAACAAAACCAAAUUGAAAACCAAACCCAACCCAUAAGAUCCUCAUUUCCCCGUUUGUCUGGUUGGAUUUCCCCCACAAUCCAUCAAUAAUCUCAGCCGUCCGACAUGGACCCAACCCUCCAAGCUCUAACUGCAGCUGCCGCAAGCUUCAUAGCCGUCACCUUCAUCUUCACAAUAAUCCUGUUCCUCUGCAGAAGAGAUAAAACACACCACGGCCGACGACAACAGCAUCAGCGACGACGACAACGACAACAUCAGCAACAACAGCAGCAACAACUACAACAAAAUAAACACAAUCCCAACUCAACUCUAGACGAAAGCGCCUCCUUCGAUCCCUCCCUCAACCAAAUCUCGAUGCCUGAACUGAUCGCCGCCACCCGCAACUUUGCAGCCGAUGGCAUCAUCGGUGACGGCAGCUUCGGAUUCGUCUACAAAGCUAACCUAUCUAACGGAGUCACCGUCGCCGUCAAGAAGCUAAGCCGCGACGCAUUCCAAGGACCCAGAGAAUUCCGCGCCGAGAUGGAAACUUUAGGUAAGAUCGAGCACCAGAAUUUGGUGAAAAUGAAGGGAUACUGCGUCUCUGGCGAAGAACGCCUCCUCAUCUACGAAUUUAUCCAGCGUGGCAGCCUCGACCAAUGGCUGCACGACAUAUCAUCUAUGUCCAUCACUUCCAUAUCCUCUUCCCAAUCCUCGUCGGCUUCUCUUCCUAACCUCCUUCAGCUGUCUUGGGCAAAGCGGAUCAAGAUAAUUAAAGGAGUCGCCAACGGUCUCCGUUACCUGCACGACGAAUGCAACCCCCGCAUCAUCCACCGAGACAUAAAGGCCAGCAAUGUGUUGUUGGAUUUGGAAUUUGAGGCCCAUAUCGCUGACUUUGGAUUGGCCAGGAUCGUCGAUGCAUCCCACUCGCACGUGUCUACACAGGUAGCGGGGACGAUGGGCUACAUGCCGCCCGAGUACAAGGACGGCCUCACGGGGGCGACAGUAAAAGCCGACGUUUACAGCUUCGGGAUCUUGAUGUUGGAGGUUGCCACCGGAAGGCGGCCCAAUUUGCCUGUUAUGACAGAGAAUGGGAAAGAGGUGGGGUUGAUAGUGUGGGCCAGGGAGAGGGUGGAGGCCAAGAGAUGUAUGGACAUGAUUGAUCCGAUCAUCAAAGAUGAACUUUAUCAUCAACAUCAAGGGCGGGAAGAAGGGAUGGGGAGUGAGGAGGAGGAGGUGAAUGAGUUCUUCAGGAUUGCUUAUUUGUGUACCAGUGAGAACCCUAGAGAGAGGCCCACAAUGGAGGACGCUUUAUCUCAGCUGAGUCGAUUCUGAGUCAACUCGUUUUGGUGGUAAUGUUGGCAUUUUGGUGGGUGUGGCAUGUGUUAUUUAUUAAUAUAUAUAUAUACUCUCUUAUUUAUAAUCAUCCAUGUAUGAGUAUUUUUCCUCUA